UUCAAGAAUAAUAUUAAAAAGUACAAAAGCUUGGUUGGAAAACUUGAGACUCAUGAGUUCAAUAUGAAGCGUAAAUAAGACUCCUAAAAUGAUUGGAGAAUUUAGACUUAAAGAGGAGAUCAGGCAGUCCACUUUUAAUGAAGUAGUCAAUCUAGUCAAUGAAAUUGGUCACCUCAACUCUAAUAGUUUCGCCCUCAUGGGUACUUAUUUCAGCCAGAAGCAUGAAGAUAUUGAGUUAAGGAAGAACAUCAUCCAGGAAUACAAGAAGGGAAUGAACAACCCUAGCAGGAGUGUUGCUCUCCAUGAAAAGCAAAUUGCUAUUAGAAAGGAUGUAGUGAAGCAGAAGUUCCAAGUUACUAAGUAGCAAAAUAUAAUCUUCAGAAUUUUUAUUCGCACUUUGUGCAUUAGAAUUGCCAUGUCAAU